UGGGCUUCCGUACAACAAAAACAUACGCUGCAAAUACCAGAUCAACAACAAACGAAUGGUUGAAGUUUGUAAAAUACAUUUCAACCCGUUUUAAUCCAUCCAUAAUGUUCUCCGCCCCCCUCUUGACUUGAUGACUUAUUUUGCGUCCAGCUGGGUCAAUUAGCAAGCAUCAUCAGCAGUUUAAAAGCCAUCUGAAGAUCAUGACAAGCUAACUCACUGGCUGCCAGGGUUUGAGAAAACAUGGACAAAUCAGUGCUUAAAGACAUGACGAGCAGCUUUGACUCUUAUUCCCCAUCGGAGCUUGAUAGGAAGUUCUUUGGGGAGCAGAGUUUACCUUCUGGGUUGUCACUGGGCCAGACGUCAAGAUCAAGCGUUUCAUCGGAUUGUUUAGUCGAUGGCUCUGAUGUCAAAGCAUCGGAGCAGACCCAAGCAAGUUCCCCCAAUGACUUGAGCAGCCAAGGGAGUGAAAAAUGUCCCCUGCCAUUUCAGGGCAAGUCGUCCACUCCCUACAUCUUCAUGCAAAAGCAGAAAAAUGUUUCCUUUGACCAGUCAUACAGUGACCUUACUGCCUCUCGAAUGUUUUUGGAUGUGUCUAUGAUUAAUUCGACCAGCAACAGUCCGAAACUCUGCACCGAGUCGAGCACUCUGGAGUUAUGGAGUCCCAAACUGCUACCUGAAACUCAUUCAAGAUCAGAAGUUUCUCCCUGACCUGAUGAGCUCACCAAGAAAUGUAGAUUUUUAAUCAAAUUGUAAUAAACGUUGCAAAGUUGUUCAAA